UCAAACUUAGAGGGAUAUAUACUAAAUUAGGUUACCAAAAGUGAAUAGUCCACCUUUUUUUUUUUUUUUUCUAUAAAGAGCAUCCUCCACCAUCUUGCCAUAUGAUUAAAAAAAAUGAAGCGAUAUAGAUUUGGAGCAGGAGAUCACGUUGAGAGCAUCGACAUGGGCAAGGUGGUGAUGCUCCUCUCUCAGGGCGGCGCCGCCGGUGUCAUCGCCGUCGACGAGGGCGAUUUCAUCGCACACUAUUCGACGACGACGACGUCGCCAUCGCCUUCGUCAGGGGCGGCGCGGGUGUUCGAGUGCAAGACGUGCAGCCGGCGGUUCCCUUCGUUCCAGGCGCUGGGCGGCCACCGGGCGAGCCACAAGAAGGCGCGCCUGGCAGCCGGCGGAGGCUCCGCCGCCCACUGCCGCGAGGGCGGCGGCGUCGACAGCAGGCCGAGGGUGCACGAGUGCGCCGUCUGCGGUCACGAGUUCGCCGUCGGACAGGCCUUGGGCGGCCACAUGAGGCGGCACCGGGUGGCCGGCACCGACCCCGACGCUGGGUUGGUGCCGCAGAAGAAAGCCGGCGAGGAGCAUCGCCGGAGUGAGAUGAUGCUGGAUUUGAACCUGUCGCCGAUGGAGAAUGAUCUCAAGCUGGGAAUGGACAAAAUCUUAUUCAUGUGAUAAAAUUACUUCAAUUUAAUUAUUU